UAUGUAUUAUUUUCUCAGUGAUUUCUGACCCAUUGAUCUUUUCUGUGCUGGUUCUAUUGACAUAAACUUUCUUCAACUUCAGAGAGAACACAGUGGCUACCCUCAUUUCAUUGGGUGCAGAUCCUGGAGCAUUAACAAAGCGAUCACCAGAAUAUCCUUUUGGCAGAACACCUGCCGAUCUGGCCUCUGCCAAUGGACAUAAAAGAAUUGCUGUUACCUUGGAAAGAGACCUAUGGAUUCCAGAGCUGCAAUUUGGGAAGAUCAGCAAAGGAAAGGUGAAUUUAUACGAAGGCGAGCUGAAUAUAUGGGAAGGGAAGCUGAAUUUAUGCAAAGGCUAGGUGAAUUUUUGCCAAGGGAAGCUAAAUUUAUGCGAAGGCAAGCUGAAUUUAUGCGACGGCAAGCUGAAUUUUUGCGAAGGCAAGCUGAAUCUAUGCGAAGGGAAGCUGAAUUUUUGCCAAGGCAAGCUGAAUUUAUGCAAAAGGAGGCUCAAUUUAUACAAAGUGAAGCUGAAUUUAUGCGAAGGCAAGCUGAAUUUUUGCCAAGGCAAGCUGAAUUUUUGCGAAGGGAAGAUGAAUUUAUAACAAGCGAAGCUGAAUUUUUGCCAAGGGAAGCUGAAUUUUUGCCAAAGGAAGAAGCUGAAUUUUUGCUAAUCGAAGCUGAAUAUAUGCUAAAGCAAGCUGACUUUAUGCCAAGCGAUGCUGAAUUUAUGCCAAUGGAAGUUGAAGUUUUGCCAGGGCCAGCUGCAUGGGUGCUAAUGGGACCUAGCUACGUGCUAAUGGGACCUAGCUAUGAGGAUUUUCUGAAAGCCCAAAACCUGAGUACGAAAAUGAAAGAGGAUGAAGAAGAGGACGAGGGGCCAGACGAUGAAGGGCCGGAGGGCGGAGGGCCGGAGAAGGACGAGGAACCAGAGAAGGACGAGGGACCGGGGAAGGAGAAAGAAGAUGGAAAGAAACGAGCACCAGACUCUGCGUCGGAGAGUGGAAAGGCACACAAGAUUUUGAAGGCAUAUUCAGCAUGCAUGGCUCUGUUGACCGCAUACUACGUUGUGCAAAGCAUGGAGACAAUCCAAAUGCUUGUGUUGGUAUGGGUUGAGGCUUCUAAAAAAACUGGAGAAAGAAAGCUUUCUUAUAUUGAUGAUGGAUUUGAACCGUCAGCGAUUCGCGACUAGGGAAGGAAACACCGGCGGAAUAAAGUGCUUCCGUAUAUGUUGGUUUUACCUCCAUUGAUCUGUUUGAGCAGGAUUGAUGUUGAUGUAGGUGUAGGUCGGCUGGCUUUGGGGGAAUUUACAAAGGUCUGAAUUCAGGAUUUUCUUUGAGAUAUGAUUGCUCAAGUAAACAGUAACAAAUGAUUGUACACCGGGGGAAUGGCUUGAAGGUUCCAUCAAACACGCUACGAUAUCAGUGUUUUAUAAAACUUUUUAACAUCAUCGUCAGUGAUUAAUGGUGAAUUCACUCCCAAAUUAAAAAAGUUAUUUCUAG